AUGCUGCAAAAUCGCCAACUGAACGAGGAAGCUGCAUCUGACUUCACGGAUUCAGAGGUGGAAAUGAUAUCAUCAGGAGAAGAAGAGUUACGACGAAUGACACAUACCCGCGAGGACGACGGAGGAGAACGAAGAAGGAGACGACAAAGAGAAAACAGCGAAGAAAGAGAACUGAGAGGGGCAUUCGAAAUAUCAAGUUGGGAAGAUCAAAGGCGAAGGUAUGAAGAAGAGCGGAGAUAUGAGGAGAAUGAGAGGAGGCAAGGAGAUGAAAGACAUCGCGAAUUCGACCGAAGGAAUGAGGAAGAAAGGAGACGUGGUGAAGAAAGGCUCAGCGUGAUGAGAGGUGGCCGUCGGGAAGAAAACGGAGGGAACAUGAACCAGGAAGUCCUGGAUGAGCUGCGAGAUAUGAGGACGUUGAUAAAUAAUUCGCGAAGAGGCGGCAGGUGCAACUGGAAAAGGCAACAGAAGAGGCCGAUAAAUCUCCGUUUACCUAUGAGAUAA